AAGGUACGACUGAUACUUGACCUUAGUAAGUUUAACAAUGUGACGUGACUUAACAACUUUGUUUGUUCGCUCCUUCUUACGAUAAGCUAGAGCUUGAUGCAGAUAUUGUUUUGGUUUUGUGUUUGAGACAUUGUUGCAAUAACUGUGAAAAAGAACUGGUUCGAACAUAACAACAAAAGUCGUUCAUAUCUCAAUGUCUGCGCUAUACUCAACAAAAUAAAAUGAUUGGAAAUGGAAUUCGAAAUCUGUUGUAUUCUGUAAUGCAUGUAUGCACAAUUCGCUUAGCCGCAAAAAUAAUAUAUUAUAUUUUUCGUAUAACAAGAGUAUGUGUUAGAAAUAUAUAUAUAUGGCUGAGAAAGUUGUUGACAUUGCUAGUUUACUUUGUUCGUUUUAACGAAAUGUGGAAGCUAAUCUUUCUGCCGUUCUUUAUUGUGCAGGUCUUCGCUGGCCCUGCUCCAAAAGGCAUGCAACCCCAUUUGGAUGGCCGUAUUGUCGGUGGGCAAAUAACAAGCAUUACCAAUUUUCCUUGGCAAGUAUCUAUACAACGUUCUGGGUCACAUUUCUGCGGCGGUUCUGUGUAUAAUAAAGAUACGAUCAUUACCGCUGCUCAUUGCAUACGAGGAGUAGGUAUUUCCACGCUUAAAGUGCGUGCUGGCUCUUCGAAAUGGUAUGAGGGGGGUGUGCUGGUAGACCCUACCGAUUUUAAAAUUCACGAAAGUUACAAUGCUGAGACUAUGAUGAACGAUAUUGCCGUUAUUCAAUUAAAAUUUUCUUUGCCUCUUGGAACUACCAUUAAAAGUAUUGCUUUAGCCAAAAAAGAUCCUGCUGAUGGAGUUACUGCUGUGGUUUCAGGCUGGGGCACUAAUAUUUACGGCUCACCCGACAUUUCUGCUACGUUGCAAUAUGUUGACGUUUACAUUGUUAGUCGUGAAACUUGUGCUUCCUCUUCUUACGCUUAUGGUGAUGAUAUUAAGCCAAGCAUGAUCUGUGCACAUGCCAGUGGUAAGGACCCUUGCCAGGGCGAUUCUGGUGGUCCUUUAGUUUCUGGGGGACUUUUGGUUGGCAUAGUUUCAUGGGGAUAUGGGUGUGCAGUACCUGGUUAUCCAGGUGUUUACGUUAACGUUGCUGAUUUCAAUUCCUGGAUUGAUGCAGCAGCUUCUAAUCCCUAAUAUUUCUUUAUUCCACGAAUAAAAGCUUGCGCUAAUUUACGCAUUUUGUAAUA